GUGCAUUCAGCAAUGGUGCAUCAGUUACUUGCUGCGGCUGUGAUAACAGAUUAGAGAAUAACAGAUCAGAGCUUUGAGGAGGACCUCAGAUGAAGAGGGACGGCUUGUUCCCUGUGGCUGUUGGAGAGGAACUGACAGCUGCUGCUAUACAACCUCCUGAACAACAAUUAAAGACAAUUAAAGACAUGUUGAAUCUUCCAUAGAACUGCAGUACACGACAUGUGUGAUGUAGAGGGGAGGAGCAGCUCUGAGGGGAGGAAACAUGCAGUCAACAGACUCCAUUUUACAAUCCAAAGAGCAAAAGGAGGAAGUCAGGAUGUAAAAGGCAAGGAGAGCUGACCUCACAAUCAGUGGUUCUGGUUUACCUCUCAAAUUGACUGAAGUCCAGAAGAUGAGUGAUUGUGUGGAGGAGGGGAAGGACAGAUCAGAGUCUGCAGAAUCUGGUUAUCAGUCUAUGAAGAGUGACCGAUCCAAAGAAAAACCUUCAGACACAAUAGGUCAGCACAACAGACAGAGAGCAGAUUCUCCAGUAUCCAGUUGUCUUUCUAUGAAGAGUGACUAUUCUAAAGAAGAGCCUCCAUUCUUCAGUAACAAACCUGGACCCUCAGACACAAAUCAGCAACAAAGACAAAGAGCAGAGUCUCCAGUAUCCAGUUGUCUUUCUAUGAAGAGUGACUAUUCUAAAGAAGAGCCUCCAUUCUUCAGUAAUGAACCUGGACCCUCAGACACAAAAAGUCAGCAACACAGACAGAGAGCAGAGUCUCCAGUAUCCAGUUGUCUUUCUAUGAAGAGUGACUAUUCUAAAGAAGAGCCUCCAUUCUUCAGUAAUGAACCUGGACCCUCAGACACAAACAUUCUGGAGGAGCAGCUGUCCUGCUGUUCUUUGUGUCAUCACGUCCUGAGGGAUCCGGUCCUUACCAGCUGUGGACACUGGUUCUGCAGACAGUGCAUCACCUCAUACUGGGACCAGUCUACUUCAUCAGACGACUCCUCCUGUCCCCAGUGUGGAAAAAGAUCCAGAAUGAGACCUGGACUGCAGAAAGACAGUCAGACUAGCACUUUACAAAUGGAUGUUGGUCUGCAGGAUGUUUUAGAUGAACAUAAGAGAAGUCUGAGGAGGAGAUGUCAACAUGUGACUGAAGGAACUGAUGAAGCAGGAAGUGAAAGCCUCCUCAACAGGAUCUACACUGAGCUCUACAUCACAGAGGGUCAGAGUGAAGAGGUUAAUACCCAGCAUGAGGUGUGGCAGCUUGAAACAGCUUCCAAGAUCGAGACCCUCCAUGACACUCCAAUCAAGUGUCAUGACAUCUUUAAAGCCUUACUUGACCAAGAGAGACACAUCAGAGUUGUUCUGACAAAUGGCGUCGCUGGAGUUGGAAAAACCUUCUCAGUGCAGAAGUUCACUCUGGACUGGGCAGAGGGCUUGGAAAACCAAGAUGUCAGUCUGGUGAUUCUGCUUUCAUUCAGGGAGCUGAACUUGAUCAAAGAUGAGCAGUACAGUCUUCUCAUGCUGAUCCAUGAUUUCCAUCCAACAUUACAGAAGGUCACAGCAGAGAAGCUUGCUGUCUGUACAGUUUUGUUCAUCUUUGAUGGCCUGGAUGAAAGCAGACUCUCAUUGGAUUUCCACAAGAACAGGCAGGUCGUGUCUGAUGUCACACAGACAUCAUCUGUCAACACGUUGUUGACAAACCUCAUCAAGGGAGAGCUACUUCCCACAGCUCUCAUCUGGAUAACUUCCCGACCUGCAGCAGCCAAUCAGAUCCCCCCUACAUUUGUUGACAGGGUAACAGAAGUACGAGGCUUCACUGAUGCCCAGAAGGAGGAGUACUUCAGGAGGAGAUUCAGUGAUGAAGAGCUGUCCAGGAGAAUCAUCUCACACAUCAAGACAACCAGGAGCCUCCACAUCAUGUGUCACAUCCCAGUCUUCUGCUGGAUCACUGCUAAAGUUCUGGAGCACAUGUUGACUACAGACCAGAGAGGAGAUCUGCCUAAGACCCUGACUGACCUAUACUCACAUUUCCUGCUGGUUCAGACAAAGAGGAAGAAGCACAAGUAUGAUGAGGCACAUGAGAGUACACAGGAGCUAACGGAGGCUGACAGGGAAGUUCUUCUGAAGUUGGGGAGGCUGGCGUUUGAACAUCUGGAGAAAGGAAACAUCAUGUUCUAUCAAGAAGACCUGGAGCAGUGUGGUCUUGAUGUCACAGAGGCCUCAGUGUUAUCAGGAUUUUGUACAGAGAUCUUCAAAAGAGAGAGUGUGAUCUUCCAGAAAACAGUCUACUGUUUUGUUCAUCUGAGCGUUCAGGAGUUUCUGGCUGCAGUCUACAUGUACCACUGUUACAACAACAGCAACACAGAGGUACUGGAGGACCUCCUGGGAAAAAACUACAAACACAGGGAAUCAAAACCAAAGUCUUUCCUCGAGAGGACUUCUGCUUAUUUCAGAAACACUGAUAACCGUGACUCAUCCCUGGAUGUGUUUCUGAUGGGAGCCAUGGAGAAAUCUCUCACAAGUAAAAAUGGCCAACUGGAUCUGUUUGUUCGCUUCCUUCAUGGCCUCUCUCUGGAGUCCAACCAGAGUCUCUUGGGAAGCCUGCUGGGUUGGACAGAGAACAGUCCAGAAAUCAUCCAGAAAGUCAUCAACGACCUAAAGAAGAUGAGCAUGUACGAUAUCUCUCCUGACAGAAGCAUCAACAUUUUCCACUGUCUGAUGGAGAUGAAUGACCGCUCAGUACAUCAGGAGAUCCAAGAGUUCCUGAAGUCAGAGAACAGAUCAGAGAAGAAACUCUCUGAUAUUCACUGCUCAGCUCUGGCCUACAUGCUGCAGAUGUCAGAGGAGGUUCUGGAUGAGUUGGACCUGGAGAAGUACAACACAUCAGAGGAGGGACGACGGAGACUGAUCCCAGCUGUGAGGAACUGCAGAAGGGCUCAACUGUCUCACCGUGGACUCUCAGAGACUCACUGUGAAGUUGUGGCUUCAGCUCUGAAGUCCAACCCCUCCCAUCUGAGAGAGCUUGACCUGAGCGAAAACAACCUGCAGGAUUCGGGAGUGAAGCUGCUGUCUGCUGGACUGGAGAGUCCAAACUGUAGACUGGAGACUCUGAAAUUGAGUCGGUGCAGUUUGUCAGAAAUCAGCUGUGCUUCUCUGGUCUCAGCUCUGAAGUCCAACCCCUCCCAUCUGAGAGAGUUGGAGUUCAGCUACAACAAUAAGCUGCAGGAUUCAGGACUGAAGCUGUUGUGUGAUUUUCUAUCAAGUCCACUCUGUAGACUGAAGACUCUGAGAUUGAGUCGGUGCAGUUUGUCAGAGAUCAGCUGUGCUUCUCUGGUCUCCGCUCUGAAAUCCAAUCCCUCCCAUCUGAGAGAGCUGGAUAUGAGUCACAACAAGCUGCAAGAUUCAGGGGUGAAGUUGAUGUGUGAUUUUCUGGAGAGUCCACAGUGGAGACUGGAGACUCUGAGAUUGAGUCGGUGCAGUUUGUCAAAAAUCAGCUGUUCCUCUCUGGCCUCAGCUCUAAAGUCCAACCCCUCCCACCUGAGAGAGCUGGAUCUGACAGAGAACAAGCUGCGGGAAUCAGAAGUGAAGGUGCUGCGUGAUUUUCUGGAGAAUCCACACUGUAGACUUCAGACUUUGAGGAUCUCUGAUUCUGAUGGUUCACCUGUCACAUGGCCUGGAAACUACAAGAUGAGUGGUUGUGUGGAGGAAGAGAAAAAAUCAGAGUCUCCAGUAUUCACUGAUGUUUCCAAACAUUAUCCUCUAGACUUCAGUGAUGAAGUUGGAUCCUCAGACUUAAAGGUGGAGGACAAACGAAACAGCGCUGCACCUGACAGACAUAAAGACUGUGCGUCCACAUCCAACGCAACCCUCAAUGUGUCUGAGGACAACAGAGAGGAUCAGCUGGAUCCUGAUGAUCCAGAGAGGUUGAAGAAGCAGCAGCUUGUGUGCAGGGAGAAUCUGACUGGAACAAGUUACUGGCAGGACUUCACACCCGAAGUGCUGACUGAGUCUGCAAACAUUUCAUACAGGGUCAGGUGUCCAAGUCCAGGUGUGUUCCGGUGUACUUUGACUGGACUGGUGUUUGUUAUGGCUCAGAAGGCAGAGCUACUGUACAGGACUGUCCAAUGGGAUCAGAACCUCCUACAACAAGUUGGCAAGAUGGCUGCAGGGCUGCUGUUCAACAUCCAGAGUCCUGACGGUGCUCUCAGUCAGCUCCAGCUGCCACACUGUGAAACCAUGGAUGCUCCACUCCCUGAAGGUCUGCUGUCUGUCGUCCACAUCACUGAUGAUGGAAUGAGCAUCCUGGAGCCACUGGAGAUUACAGACACUCAUGUGGUUGUGAACAUCCCUCACCUCUCUGCCUAUGGUGUGGUCUGGGAUCUCGUUAAGAGGUUUCUGAACAGCACACCAACAGUUAGUGGCCAGGUUCUGCUGUUCCUCCGACCUCCAUGCAUACAUCAUCGAAUACUCGAUGUAUUUCUGCUGCAGGACAACAUUCCUCUGACAGAGGUUAAAGCCCAACAAGGAGAAGCUGAGUACAUCAGGAUCUCCUCUGACUGUCAUCUCAUCUAUGGUCAAAGUUACAGUGUUCACUGUGAACCUGAGGCCUCUACAAUUCAGCCUGAGUGUGCACCAUUUCAUACAAAGUGUGGACCAAAUUUCUACCCAACAUUUGAGGUUUUCCUCACAACAAACCAAGAGAAAGUGGCUUUGAUGGUCCAAGACCAAGAGGGGACACCAGUGUGGAAACGUGAUGUGUAUCUGACAGGUCCAAGAAGGGAAAAUCUACAGAGGAAUCUCCCAGCAGGGGACAUCGUCCCAGCAGAGAAGAGGCUGCGCUUGGUUCGGACAGAGUUUGUUAGAAGAAUUACUGAACCUGUUCUAGACCAGCUUCUGGAUAAACUUCUUGAGCAUAGUGUUAUAAAUGAUGAUGAAAUGCAGUCAGCCAGAACAAACACAUUAGCAAACAAAGCUCGACACGUGAUUGACACAGUACGAAGAAAGGGAACUGAAGCCAGCUCAGUUCUAAUUGCUGCCCUCCAUGAGGUGGAUCCGUGCCUUUCCAGACUGCUCAAGUUGAGCUGAGUGUGAUGAUGAACCUGUAUAACAGCUGGCUGUUUAACAGUCUCAAGUUACUUGCUGUCUUUAAUAAGAAGUUUUGACUUUUAAGCCUGUGUUUUUAAUAAGUAGACUUUCAGUCACGUUUGGAAAAAAGGCCUUCAGAAAAAGAUCGAACAAAACCUGGAGUACAUUGGAUGGAUUUUGAGCAGAGAAUAAUUCCCCUGAGAGGUUGUGUUGUCAAAUAUGAACUUAAACAGAUGUUGUUGCUGUUACAUGAGACCUCAAAUGAAACACUCAAACACAAGGUUUUUUUGAGUAAAGCCAUGAGUUUUAUCCAAAAAAUGUAAUGAAAAGUGCCGUCAGACCUUUUUCUAAAUAAAUGUAAAAGCCUUAACUGA